AUGAAACUUAUAGUUUGCAAAGAACUUCAAAGUAUAGAUACAACAAAAGUUUUGAACUCAGAUGCUUUGAAGAGUCUUAUAACAGACAAAGUUGGAGUUGUUGAAAGAAAAUAUAAAGACCAAAGAGUUUGUGAAAAUGUUGCAAACUUCAUUAUGGUUUCAAACAAUGCUGUUCCGAUGAAGUUAGAAAGUUCUGACAGAAGAUAUGUAGUUGUCAGAACGUCAGAUUCUCAUAUGCAAGAUACAGAAUAUUUUGACGACUUAGCAGAAACUUUGACAUCUGACUUUUACAACCACUUGUUCUCAUAUUUUAUGACAUUAGAUAUUUCUAAGUUCAAUCCAAGACAAAUUCCACAUACCGAAGAGAGACAAACAUUGUUAGAAGCAAACAAGAGUGUAUAUGAACUGUUCAUAGAUGAAACUGACUUUGAGUGUUUAGAUGAAAGGUCAUUGUACGAUUCGUAUAAACAAUAUUGUCAAGAAUAUGGUUAUAUGACAGCGUCUAAACGAACAUUCUUGGCAAAUGUCAAAAGUCUUUUAGACGUACAGAAUGGUGUAUAUACAAAGAAAAAUUUUUCUGAGUAA